CCUGUAAUUAGGGCGGGUCGCCCCCGGAGCUCAGCUCUCAACUCCGCUAAAUUUCACAUUACUCAACUCCGGCCGGGAACAGUGAAACUAUAUGAAAGACAACGUACUCCCUUACAUCAGUCUAUAUCCAGCUAUCAUAGUCAAACUCGUAGAAUAAUUAUUUCAACUCAAGAUAAAAAUGCCCACCGAGGAAGAAAACGCAGGAAAUCAAAAUGCCAAACCAUCGGAAUCACCACCGACACCAGAAGAACCUUACAGUAUUUUCGAUAAGAGGCAGAAAGCCUUGAUCAUUCUCAUUGUAUCCACUGCUGCAACUUUCUCCGCUUUCGCCUCAAAUAUUUAUUUUCCUGCGCUUCCUACCAUUGCGCAAGAUCUUGAUGUCUCGGUAGAACUUGUCAACCUCACAGUAACGUCAUACCUUAUUUUUCAAGGUAUUGCGCCUAGUCUUUGGGGUCCCAUAUCGGACGUCAGGGGACGCCGUGUUGCCUACUGCUGCACAUUCUUAGUAUUCCUAGGCGCAUGUAUCGGCCUUGCGGAAGCGAAGAACUAUGCUACUUUGAUUGUGCUGCGAUGCCUACAAAGUACCGGGAGCGCAAGCACAAUUGCUAUCGGAUCCGGCGUCAUCGGAGAUAUCACCACCCGUGCUGAUCGUGGAGGGUACAUGGGAAUUUUCCAAGCCGGAUUGCUUGUUCCUCUCGCAAUUGGUCCGGUCAUCGGGGGUGCCUUAGCAGGAUCUUUGGGAUGGAGGGCAAUAUUCUGGUUUUUGACUAUUUACAGCGCCGUCUUCCUGGUUCUUUUGAUCUUCCUUCUUCCCGAAACUUUGAGGUCUAUUGUUGCGAACGGAUGCAGAACGCCCAAGAAUCCAAUCGGCAGCUAUCCUCUACGCACCUAUCAAAAGACCACUAAAGUACACUGGAAUCCGGAAGCCUCUACAUCACAACCUGCCGCGAGAAAGCGCAUAGAUGUCACUGGGCCGUUUCGUAUCCUCAUUAGCAAAUACGCAGCGCCAAUUAUCCUCUUUCUAGCCAUUUACUAUGCAGUCUGGCAAAUGAGCAUCACGGCCAUGUCCUCCCUUUUCGCAGACCGUUACGGUCUCAAUGAAACCCAAAUUGGUCUAACAUUCAUUGCCAAUGGUGCGGGAUCUAUGAUAGGCACACUCAUCACAGGCAAGAUACUUGACAUUGACUAUCGUCGCGUUAAGGUUGCACACGAAGCUCAGGAAACUCGAACGAUCCAAACGGAACUUGAAGCAGGUGGCAGCCCAGCUCGGUCUACUAUAAACUCAGAGGACAACUUUCCCCUAGAAAAAGCGCGCCUUCGGCUUAUCCCGCUUUUCUCCUGUUUUCAGUGCCUAUCUAUUAUUCUAUUCGGUUGGACGAUUCAGUAUCCCGACCGCGUUCACAUCGCCGUACCCAUCGUGUCCACAUUUAUUACAGGCUGGACCGCUGUGUCGACCCAGUCUGCCGUCAUGACUUAUUUAGUGGAUAUCUUCUCUGACCGGAGUGCUGCGGCGAGCGCAAGUCUGAACCUCGCCAGAUGCUUGUUCGCUGCUGGUGGUACAAGCUUCAUUAUGCCUAUGGUGAAUGGUAUUGGUGUCGGGUUAGCUUUCACGAUUUGCGCCAUCGUUCAAGCUGUCGCGCUUUUGGGUGUGGCCGUCCAAUGGAGAUUUGCUGGUGCAUGGAGGGAAGCGGAAAGGGUUAAAAGUCAAGCAAGCCAGGAAAGCCAGGGCUAGACAGCGAGCAAGAAAAACAAAACACUACUGGCAACCUCAUCAAGAGGGGGAAUAUAAAACUCGGGGUUCUAUCAUACUCCUUUUUAAUAAUACUUUAGAAUUCACUAUUGGUCGGCGAUUGUAUGAGUAUUAUAGAAUUAAGUAAUGCUAGUGAAGGAAUAUGGAAUAA